AUGCUAGGAGAUGACGCUGCAUAUGUGGAAGCCAUGAAGGUGCUACAAGAGAGAUAUGGAAAUCCCUUUGUUAUUUCCAAUGCCUUCCGGGACAAACUCGAUGACUGGCCUAAAAUCAGCCCCAAGGACUAUUUAGGCCUUCGGAGAUUUGGAGAUUUUCUUCACCAGUGUUGUACAGCAGCCAGAUAUGUCCAUCACUUACAUCAUUUGGAUGAUGAAAGAGAGAACAAAAAAUUGAUGAGCAAACUGCCUGAUUGGCUAAUCACAAGAUGGGGCAGGAAUGUAGUCAAAUGGCGGCAAGACAGAGGAUCCUUUCCUCCCUUUUCUGUCUUCACAGAAUUUAUCAGCAAUGAGGCAGAUAUUGCUUGUGAUCCGAUCACUUCUAAUCAGACAUCACCCUUGAAAGAAAGGAGACAGCAGUCUUCUAAUGUGAGAACAUUAUCAACCAGUGUGCAGGGGCAGCAAGCAAAUGGAAGGAAAGGAAAAUGGAAACCCCUUUGCACCUACUGUAAGGGAGAACAUCAUCUUGCUACUUGUAAAUCCUUCAUGUCACAGACAUUAGAUCACCGACCCAAGUUUGUUUUCGAUCAUGGUCUGUGCUUCGGAUGUUUAAAGUCCGGUCAUCUUUCUAGGAAUUGUAAGAAGAGGUCAUCAUGUUCAACAUGCAAAAGACGUCACCCCACUGUUCUGCAUGAUGAAAACUGGACAGAAAGACAACAAUCUAAGAAAGUUGACAUAAAGAAUGAAGCUGAGGAAACUCAAACCACAAGAUCUCAUGCUUCAACCACGAAGGACAAUCACAGAUCUCUAAAGAGAUCUACUAUAGUUCCUGUGUGGCUAUCGCAUGAAUCGGUACAUGGGGAGAGGUUAGUGUAUGCUAUGCUGGACACUCAGUCAGACACUAGCUUCAUUUUAGAUAAGACUAAAGAAGCAAUGGGCAUUGAAGGAAUAGCAGUCAACUUGCUUCUUUCGACCAUGACGCUGGCCAAUGAGAGAAUUUCGAGUGAAAAGAUCAGUGGACUUAAAGUUCGAGCAUUUAAUGGAAGAGAAGAAAUUUGUUUGCCCCCAACUUACACUCGGAAUAUUAUGCCGGCAAAUGGAGAACACAUACCAACGCCAGACAUUGCUAAGGCGCACCCUCAUCUUAACGACAUAGCCAAACAUUUGAUUCCCCUCCAAGAUUGUGAGAUUGGACUUCUCAUUGGCUAUGAUUGUGCAAGGGCCCUCACUCCGCGAGCUGUGUUAAGCUCCCCUGAUGAUGGUGGACCAUUUGGACUACAAACUGAUCUUGGAUGGAGUGUUGUCGGUACAAUGGAACCCAACUAUCAUGACAGUGCACAUGAUCAUAUUGGAAUCAGUCAUCGCAUUAUGGUGCACGUUAUUCCAGAAGAAUUGCAAGUAGAUGGCCAUCCAACCACAGUUACCUUCAGCCAUCAAUCAAGGAUUAAGGAGGAGAUCACUCCUUCUCAAGUCAUACGUCUUUUAGAAGCAGACUUUGCACCAGAGAAAAGACAAAGGCCAUAUUCGAGGAAUGACUUGAGAUUUCUAGAGAUAAUGGAGCGUCAAGUUCAUGUGUCUGAAAGUGGUCAUUAUGAGAUGCCUCUGCCAUUUCGUGAUGAAAAUCCUACUCUUCCAAAUAAUAGGGUCCUUGCAGAGAAAAGACUCAAUCAUCUCAAGACAAAGUUUAAGAAGGAUCCUGCGUAUCACGAACAAUACACAAAACAAAUGAAUACCCUCUUCAAUAGCAACUAUGCAGAGGUCGCAUCAGAAUCAGGAGAAGAGGGUAAAGUAUGGUACAUUCCCCAUCAUGGAGUGAAACAGCCCAACAAGUUGAGAGUUGUUUUUGACUGCAGCUCGCAGUUUAGAGGAACUUCAUUGAAUGCUCACUUGUUAACAGGACCGGACAUGACUAAUACCCUCACCGGUGUUCUUUGUCGAUUCAGGAAAGAAGUCAUGGCCUUCAUGUGUGACGUGAAUGAAAUGUUCCACCAAUUCCAGGUAAACAAAGAGCAUAGAAACUAUCUCCGGUUUCUAUGGUGGUUAAACGGAGAUGUUAGUCGCCGACUUAGUGACUGCCAGAUGAACGUUCAUCUGUUCGGUGCCGCUUCAUCGCCUGGCUGUUCGAACUUUGCAUUGAAGCAGAUUGCAAAAGACUAUGCAGAUGAGUUUGGACAUGAUGCAUCAGAUUUCAUACAGAACGACUUCUACGUAGACGAUGGAAAUCUGUAUCAACCGAAGAUGAAGCCAUUGAUCUCAUCAUGA